AUGGCGAGUGAGGUGGGAGCGUCGCUGGGAGCACGUGCCGCCAGCGGCGCGACUGCUGGCGGCAGCGACACCGCGGCGGAGUCCGCUGAUACCACGGGUGCGAGCAAGCCGACGAUUGCCAGGGGUUUCAGGGGCGCGGCGACCGCAGCGCGCGCGGGGCGAGCGGGGAGCGCGGCGCGCGAGACGGUGAACGCGGAGCUGCGCGUGGGCACGGUGGUGCUCGCCGGCUCGCUCGCGCAGCCGCGCUCCGUCUCCUUCGACCUGGGCCUCUGCCAACCCGUGUCCGAUAUCGCUGGCGCGAGCGGCGGCUCGGGAGGAGGCGCGGUGGACGCGCUGGUGUGGUGGGACGUGUUUUCGGAUCGCACGGUGUGCAACGCGGUGCAGCUGUUCGCAUCGCCCGACUGCUCGGGAGCAGCGGCGGCGAAAUAUGGAUUUGCGGGGUACAUGAGUCCCAUCAAGAUGCGCGCAUCAGUGAAGUCUAUCCGCUGCGUUAUCAACAACAUCUGUCAGAGUGCCAAGUGCCCUGAACACUCCACUCCUCGCUGUCAACAUCACUUCCGAGCCGCCGACCAAUUGUCACCUGGAGAGGCAGUUCUGUCAUGGGAGGCAGUCAUUGCCGCGUGGGGAAACCAGAGAGGCAGACUAGUCACCAGAGGCCAACAGGAAUCACACAACAGAAUGGCGCCCAAGGGUAGGACCCCGAGAGGGCAAAUUGAGACCGUCAAGAAGCCCGCUGCGGCUGCCCCCUCCAAGGGCAAGAAGUCCGACAAGGUCACCAACCCUCUGUUCGAGAGGCGCCCGAAGACGUUCGGAAUCGGCGGAGCUCUCCCCCCUAAGAAGAACCUUCACCGGUUCGUCAAGUGGCCCAAGUACGUGCGCCUGCAGCGGCAGCGCCGGGUGCUCAACCAGCGCCUCAAGGUGCCGCCCGCCAUCAACCAGUUCACCAAGACGCUCGACAAGAGCCUCGCUACGUCGCUGUUCAAGCUGCUGCUCAAGUACCGCCCCGAGGACCGCGCGGCGAAGAAGGAGCGACUGCUGAAGGCGGCUGAGGCGGCGAAGGAGGGCAAGACGGUUGAGUCAAAGAAGCCGGUUGUGGUGAAAUACGGCAUCAACCACAUCACUUACCUUAUCGAGCAGGGCAAGGCGCAGCUGGUGGUGAUCGCGCACGACGUCGACCCCAUCGAGCUCGUCAUCUGGCUGCCCGCGCUCUGCCGCAAGAUGGGCGUGCCCUACUGCAUCGUCAAGAGCAAGUCCCGACUCGGUCAGGUGGUGCACCAGAAGACGGCCACUGCGCUGGCACUCACAGCGGUGAAGAACGAGGACAAGGGCGAGCUGAGCAAGAUUGUUGAGUCGGUCAAGGCACACUUCAACGACAAGGGCGACGAGUUGAGGCGCCAAUGGGGCGGCGGCAUCAUGGGCAUCAAGUCGCAGGCCAAGAUGAAGGCCCGUGAGCGCAUCCUCGCCAAGGAGGUGGCGCAGCGCAUGGCUUAG